AUGAAUCCACCGAAUAAAUCAUCUACUUUAGAUGGUUGGAAUGAUCCACCAGCUAAUCUUGCUUUAUCUGAUACGAUAUCAACAAAACGUGCUCUACUGAAUAAACGUGUUCCAUAUACUAAUCAAGAUUUGACAUCGACCAACAAUCUUUCCAAUGCUUUAACAGCACCACCAAUUUGCUCUGCAUCGACAGUGCCCAUACCAAUUGUGUUCGAUAAGGACGCUUCAUCGAAAAAUGAUCUAUUAACUAUUGAAGAAAUGAAUGAAGUGUUUAAAAAAAAAUUUAAACAACUAGAAGAAUCAUCAAACAUUGAAAAAAAAAUUCUUGAGGAUAUUAGUAAAAAGGUUCAAGUCAUGAAUGAUGAAUGGGCUCAAGAGAAAUUAUCAUCAAAUACAAAACAAAUAUUAUCAAAUAUAUUUCGUGAACUUGAUUCUGAUCAUAUACAGCAAGCGUUUGAUAUGCAUGUUAUAUUAGUUAGAAAUGCAAGUUCAGAAGUUGUUCGCUUUAUUGUUGGUAUCAAACGAUUAAUACAAGAAUUACAGCGAUUAUCUAAUUAA